AUGAGUCAUGCCGUGAUGUCCGUCACGCUGGCCAAGGUGGUGAGGGUUUGCUCGCUGGCGGUGCUGACCUGGGCGUGUGGAGCUCCUGCCUGGCCCAUAAACAACCUACUCACUUCUGGCUCCAAGGUGCAGCCCUCCGUGGUGCAGAGCGUGACCGCGGGCGCGCGCCUCGGCCUGCACGAGUGCGCCGCGCAGUUCGCCUGGGAGCGCUGGGACUGCGGCCGCGCCGCCGGCGCCGGCGGUGGAGGAGGAGGGGGAGGAGGAGACGCAGGCGGCCGCCUCUCGGUGCAGCACGCGGCCACGCGGGCCGCGACCCGCGAGGCCGCGUUCGUCCACGCCGUGAGCGCGGCGGGGGUGGUGCACACGCUGGCGCGCAACUGCAGCGCCGGCGACUUCGCCAGCGAGUGCGGCUGUGACGACAGCAAGAACGGCGAGCGCGCAGGCGAGGGCUGGGUGUGGGGCGGCUGCAGCGACAACGUGCUCUACGGGCAGCGCGUCGCCCAGCAGCUCGCCGACUCCGUCGAGGCGGCGGAGCUCGACCCCCGCGCGGCCGUCAACCGGCACAACUUCGAGGCCGGCCACGCGGCCGUGCGGGCCACCAUGGGCCACGUGUGCAAGUGCCACGGCGUGUCGGGCAGCUGCACCCUGCAGACGUGCUGGCAGCAGCUCUCCGAGCUGAGCCGCGUCGGCGCCCACCUCAAGGAGCGCUACCGCCGCGCCGCGCGCCUCGACCUCCUCCGUGCCGCCAACAGCGCCAGCGCCGUCGUCGCCACGCACGGAGCCGCCGCCGGAGGCCCCCGCGAGGCCGACGGCGGCAACGGAGCGCGAGCCGGCCCGGUGGCGUCGCACCGCUCGCCGCACGCCGCCGCCGUCGCCGCCGCCGCCCAGGAUGCCCUGCGCCUGCUGGAGCCCGACGGCCUGGCCUUCCUGGAGGACUCGCCCGACUACUGCCGGCGCAACGAAUCGCUGGGCGCGCCGGGCACGCUGGGACGCGAGUGCCGGCGCGGGAGCGGCGGCGCCGACGGCGCUGGCGCGGACGACAGCUGCGAGCGGCUGUGCACGGCGUGCGGGCUGCGCGUGCUGGAGCGGCGCGUCAGGGUCACCAGCCCCUGCAACUGCUCCUUCACGUGGUGCUGCCGCGUGUCGUGCCAGCAGUGCACCAGCGUGCACAGCAAGUUCCGGUGCGGGCGGCCCGAGGCUGCGGGCAGGGCGCCCGGAAAGAAGAGGCUACGCGCACGGCAGCAGCAGCAGCAGCAGCAGAGGGGUCGCAACAGGAAGCCCAACGCGGCCUCGCAGGCCGUAGCAAACAAGACUUCAUGAGAAAGGCCAGGCAAUGAACCGAUACGUCAGGAAGUUACAAUGAUGCCACUCACAACAAGCACUGGGGCGAUGUACGUUUUGUUGGUCCUUGAGCCCGUGGUGGAGAUUCCACUUUAUCCGUGAUGGGAGGACACAUUCUCUACAACACGGAUGGAUGACUGUUGAAUGCCAAGUCCCACCAAGCGGCUCAAUUCGGGCGAGUUGCUGGGAACGUGUAGACACAUCAUCAUUCCGCCGUGGACUCCACGCUCAUCGUUCUUACGAGGUUAAUCAAACUGAGCGUUACUUUGUAGGAAGCCACCAGUGGUUGAUAUCGGUGUGUGUUUUUAAAUGUUGCCUUUGCUUUUGCUUGAGUUGUAUUAUUUUUCAAAGUCUUGCCAUUAUGACACAUGAACGAGUAUGGUGGUCACACUGCACCGAGUACUCAUUUUAAGCCAAGUCAACCUUGAAAAACCUAUACCAGGUUUGGAUGUGAGGAACUGAUGUCAGGAGUUAAACCCUGGGCUGUUGUUAACUCGUGCGGUGU